AUGUUGCUUUUCGAUCGGAUGCUGGAUCUGGCUUACCUCGAUCCGGCGCGGCCGAUCGAAUGGAUAUCGGCAGGGUUUCUUUUGAACUUCGCGGUCGCGUUCCUCGUCGUGCCGGAGAUUACCGAGCGCGACAGCUAUGCUGCUUUCGCCUGGUUGCCGCAGUCCGCCUGGGCCGCCGUGUGCCUGGCAGGGCUGGCCGUUCAACUGACCGCCAUAUUCACGCGCGGAGCGUGGGCCUCGUCACUGCGAUAUUUCGCGAUGGCCGGGUCCCUCGGUUUCUUCGCAACGGUGGCGACAGCGUUCUGGGUUGCCGGUGUCGCGACCACCGCCAACGGCGCAUACCUCGUGCUUUGCUUGCGCAUCGCCGGUCCGGUCGGUGUCGUGGUCAUCGGCAUGGCCGUCAUUGCCUAUUUCGUGAUGCGCCAGAAAGGCUGGUCAGCGUUUGGAAACAAGGAUCGCCUGGUGCCGACCUCGCGUCUGGAUGCGAUUGACGGCCGCCUCGGCAAGAUCGAAGGGCGGCUCACCGACGUCGAGCGCGAUCUGGAAAACCGCCCCACGCGCCAAGAGGUCAAGGAGCUUCAGUUGGGGCAGGUGCGGAUGGAAGAGCGCAUCAAGGCGAUCGACGAAAAGGUUGACGCCACGCUCGCCGGAAACCUGCGCAUCCAGGAUGCCCGGCUGUGCAUCCUCAAGGCGCUGGCGGAGCAGAACAACUACACGCUCAACGACAGCCUGCUCACCUCGAUCAUGAAGCACUAUGCGAUCGACAAGGGGCGCGACUAUGUCCGCACGCAGUUGCGCUGGCUCGCCGACAUCGCAGGCGCAAUCCAGAUGGAAGAGCGCGGCAGUGUUCUGGUUUCGAGCUUGACCAUGUCGCGGGACGGACGCGGGCGGCUUUCGUCGAUCGAUCUCCUGCCCGAAGAGGCGGAAGCGGACAUCCAUUGGGCAGUCGAAGAGCUGCGCGCUGCCAACCGGCUGCAGAAGGACAUCCACGAGGAGUUCAAUUCCCGUCUCGCCGACAAGGGCCUCAAGCCCGUUUCGAGCAGCGCUUUCAACCGGUUUUCGACCCGCAAGGCGCGUGCCUUUCGCCGCAUGGACGAGGUGCGCAAAAUCUCAUCCGAACUCACCAAAACGCUCGGGCCGGAAGCCGCCGAUGACGUGACCAUCAUGCUGGCGGAAACCAUCAAGACGCUGAUCUUCGAAAUCCUCGAAGGCGGACCGACUUCCACCAAGGGCGCGAUGGAGCUGGCGCGCGCGCUGGCGGCAACGGUCCAGGCGCAGAACCUGUCGACCGAGCACCGGCGCAAGAUCGAGGUGGAAUAUUCCAAGCGCGUUUCGAAGGCCGUGGAUGCGGCUGCCAAGGUGAAGGGCUUCAGCAAGGAUACGGUCGCUGCCAUCAAGGCCGAAAUCCUCGGCCUCAAUCUGAGCGGCGACCCGACGGAGACCCAUGGCCGCCUGAUCACUGAGGAUGAGUGGGCAAAGCACCGGCGCGAGGCGCUCGACGCGGGAUUGAUCCGCAUUCACCGUGCGGCCAAUGACGACAUUCCGGACAUCCUGCUCGGCUAUCAGAAGCGCCUUCUGGAAACGACGUCCCUCCACCAGGUCACAGUCUGCGAAAAGUCCCGGCGCACGGGGGCCACCUGGGCGCUCGGAGCCGACGCCGUUGUCACAGCCGCCGCCGCCCGCCGGGCAGGCGGAAUGGAUGUGAUGUAUCUCGGCUACAAUCUCGACAUGACGCGCGAGUUCAUCGACGUGUGCGCGAUGUGGGCGCGGGCCUUCGAUAAGGCGGCGACGGAAAUCUCCGAGUUCAUGUGGGCCGACACCGACAAGAACGGCGAGCCGGUCGGCAUUCAAGCCUUCCGCAUCCGGUUCGCAUCCGGCUUCGAGAUCGUCGCCUUGACCUCGCGGCCGCGCUCGCUGCGCGGUCGGCAAGGCUACGUCAUCAUCGACGAGGCGGCCUUCCAUGACGAUCUGGAAGAGGUCCUCAAGGCAGCGCUCGCCUUCCUGAUCUGGGGCGGCAAGGUCUGCAUCAUCUCCACCCAUGACGGUGAGGACAAUCCGUUCAAUCAGCUGGUCCAGGAAGUGCGCGCUGGCCGCAGGCCCUACGGCAUCUGCCGCUUCGAUUUCGAUGACGCCUUGCGCGACGGUCUUUACCAGCGCGUCUGCCUUGUCUCGGACAAGGAAUGGUCGCCGGAGGCGGAGGCAAAGUGGCGGGCGCAGAUCGUCUCGGCCUAUGGCGAAGGCGCGGAUGAAGAGCUGUUCUGCGUGCCGUCGAAGGGAUCGGGCGUGUUCCUGCCAGGCGCUCUGAUCCGGCAGGCCAUGCGCGCUGACAGGCCAGUUCUUGAAUGGGAAGUUCCCGACAGCUUCGUUCACGAGCCGGACCACAUGCGCAUGGCGGCCGCACAGGAUUGGUGCCGGGAAAACCUCGAUCCGGUGCUUGCGCUCCUGUCGCCGAAUGAGCGUCAUGCCUUGGGCGCUGACUUUGGCCGCGUUCACGAUCUGACCGUCUAUUGGCCGCUGGCGGUCAGUCGGUCGCUGGUUCACGAGACCCCGUUCACGGUCGAGCUGCGCCGGGUGCCGUUCCGCGAACAAGAGUUCAUCGGCAAGUAUAUCGGCAAUCGCCUGCCAAACCUGUGCGGGGUCGCACCGGACGGUACGGGACUUGGAGCGGCGACGGCCGAACGCCUGCUCCAGCAUUUCGGGGAAGAGCUGGUCGAAGUCGUCCAUCUCUCGGUCGCCUGGUAUCGCGACAACAUGCCGAAGUUCAAGGCGGCCUUCGAGGAUCGGGAAAUCACCAUCCCGAAGGAUGACAACAUCUUCGGCGACUUCAGGCUUCUGCGGACCAUCAACGGCGUUGCGCAAAUCCCGUCAGACAAGCGCACAACCGACAAGGCGCGCAAGGAUAAGCGCCGCCAUGGUGAUGCGGCGGUCGCCGCAGCGCUCGCUUACUUCGCGGCAUCGCAUGAAGGCCAGGCCUAUUCGGGCUACGCGGCCAGCGAAGACGAUUUCGAGGGCCACGCUUUCGCCAAUCAAACUGACAGCGGAGGGCGUGUGCUUUGGUGA